GAAGUGACGUCAUGGCGGAGGCCUGCGGGCGGCAUGGCAGCAAAGACGCCUGACAUCACACCCCCCAGGAAGCCUGUCUUAUCGGUCAGCGCAAGGAAACUGAAAGACAACGCAGCCGACUGGCACAACUUGAUCCUGAAAUGGGAAAGCCUCAGUGACGCUGGCUUUGCCACCGCCAGCAGCAUCGCCAACCUGAGACUCGGCUUGCUGAAUAAAGAGAAGAUAGAACUGGAGAGCAGCAGCCCAGCAUGGAGUGAGGAUGAAGACAAGAUGCAUGUGGAAUAUAACAAGGAACUUGAGAGCCUCUGUGAGGACCUGCAGGCUGCCCUGGACGGCUUGACCAAAGUACAGAUGAAAAUGGAAAAGUUGUCUUCAACUACCAAAGGAAUUUGUGAACUAGAAAAUUACCAUUAUGGGGAGCAGAGUCAGCGGCCUCCUCUGUUUCACACGUGGCCUACAGCCCAUUUCUACGAAGUCUGCCGCAGGCUGGCUGACAUGUACAGGCAGGAGCUGCUCCUGAAGCGCACCGUGGCGGAGGAGCUGGCGCACACCACCGACCGUGACCUCUCCCUGAGCUACUUGUCCAUGUGGCUGCACCAGCCGUAUGUGGAGAGGGACAGCAAGCUGCAUCUGGAAAGCAUGCUGCUUGAAACGGGGCACCGAGCACUGUGACCUCCCGGCAUGGUGGCGUGGUGUGAGUGAACGCCGCCUCCGGGCCUGGCUAGAGCCUGACCAUGCCCGCGCCUGGUGCAGCACCUCCCUGCUUUCCUCCGUGUGCCUUCCUGGGAACCCGUCCCAUGUGAGUGCUUCCAAGUUCCUAAACAGAGUGCCUGGCCUGGUUGUGUAAAUUAGAUGUCCUUUACGUAUUACAUGUGUAUAGCAAAUCCCUGGUUUCAUAUUUGUAUCUUACUCCUAUCUGCUGUAUUCCUUAUUGUCUCAUGAUACUAUGAAUUUUGCUAUUACGACAUAACAGAGUUGGGGGCUGGGUUGACCCACAGGUGUCUCACAUGAGUGCUGGUUUGAGUCCCAGCUGCUCUGCUUCUGAAGCGUUGCCCUGCUCACAUGCGUGGGAAGCAGCACAAGACGGCCCAGGUACUUGGAAUGUGGGAGACCCAGGUGGAGUUCCAGGCUUGUGGCUUGAGCCUGGCCCAGGCCUGG